AUGUCUAAUAAGUGCAUGAUCUGCAAAAAACCAGUGAGUCGAUCGGAAACUCUGAAGUGCAUAGGGGAGUGUAAUGCUCUCUUUCAUAUUCUCUGUGCGUCUAAAAAAUAUCAACGUGAGCUCGAUGAACUUAAAUCAUGCGAUCAUUUCCUCUGUGAUUCCUGUGAUGAUUUUGAUGUUCAUGAUUCUUCCGUGGUGGCGGUAAACGAUAGCGAAUCACCACCAGAUACAAUUACUCUGGUUGAUAUUAUGAGGCAACUAAGCUCUUGUACAGCGUCAACAAAUACCCAGCUUUCUUCAAUGCAAAGGGCUAUAACGAAAGUAGGUGAAAAUAUCAAUGCUCUUCAAAUGGAUGUUCGUCAACUUACAACCUCACAUGAAGCUUUGGUAGCCAAAGUCACGACGCUAGAGGAAAAUGUGAUAGUGAAUAGCAGGGAAACGCAGCGACUGCGUGAUGAAAAUGUACAACUGUCAAAACAUAUUCAGUUCUUAGAGAGAGGAAUGGCAACUCUCACCUCCUCCAAAUAUCCAUUUGAAUUAACGAUCACUGGCUGCCCUCCCUCUCUCAAGGAUCCACCGGAUUUCAUCGUCAAUAAAGUUUUCAAUGCUCUUGGGGUCACGGAAUUUUUACCUGAUAUCAUCAGUAUACGCAAGUUGCCUGAAGAUCAGCUGACUGUUGGGAGCGGAACGAGCUCUUCUCAGCGUACCAGUCACUCAUCGCACGUUUCGUACAUAGUUUAUUUAAAAUCAACUGCUGCGAGAGACACUAUUAUUCAACGUAGGCGCGAAUUGAGCGAGUUCACGGUUAAAGAAGUACUUAAAAUAGAGCAGGCCGGUAACAUAUUUGUAAAUGAGCAUAUCCCUCCAUAUCUUUAUAAACUAUUGAAACAGGCGAAGGCUAGAGCAAAAAGUAAUGAUUAUAAAUUUGUUUGGGCACGUUCGGGUAAAGUCUGGGUACGUAAAGCUAAUGGCACCGAGCCGGUUCCCAUUAUGGCUGACUCCGAUCUCGAUAAGAUUGCCUGA